GAGAGAGAGAGAGAGAGAGAGAGAGAGAGUGAGUGAACUGAGUCUGGGUCAGGUUGGACUGUCAUAUCAGACAUUCAGAGAGAGAGGGAGAGAGAGAGAGAGAGAGAGAGAGAGAGAGAGAGCACAGCAGGAGAGGGGAGGUAUGUCAGAGGAUGUGGUUUCUCUUAGCUUGCAGAACAUUGCACAUACUUUGAGCAUGACCUAAACAGCAGCACGCGAAGUGUGUUUUCUGCGCUCCGUCUGCCGCAGGACCCAUCCGCUUGGCAUCUCCUGGAGCUUGGAUCUUCUGUUUGUUAUUGUGCUGCCACAUCAAAAGGGAAUAGAGCAAGGAGAUUUGUAUCCCAGUCAUCCCUCUUGCGGUUCACACGCUGGUUAGUGGGGUCGCACGGCAGCUUGACUUCAGAUCAGUGACUUAAACUUGCAGCGCCUGCGUAUCGAAACCUUCACAACAGGCUUCAGUGUGCACUCGUUCAGCAGAAAUGGGCUGCGGGCUGAGGAAGUUCCGUCAGACGGAAGACAACAGUCCGGGAAAAAUCUACUCCACCCUUAAAAGGCCACAGGUGGAGACCAAGACUGGGGUCGCCUACACCUAUCAACACUUAGACUUCCUGGUGGGGAAAGACGAUGGGACGUCCACGCUGUGUCUGUCUUCAGUGAGAGAGCUGCCAUCUCAGCUGCAGGAUCUCUACCAGCGGGGCUUCAUCCUGACAGCUGUGCAUCCUUUCGUCCAUUCGUGUGGUCCGGAGCACGCCAGCGUCCAGCGUCGACUCUAUCGUGCUGUGCUCAUCAAAGUCUCUGACAGUUGGGAGACGAAUCCAGACUUUGAUCCUUACCAUCUAAAACUGGAGGAGUGCAUGUCUGCAGAGCAGAUCCCCACCUCUGAACACAUUCAGGGCUAUGUGAAAAAACAGAUCCAAGAUGCAGCAGAUCAGGGCAUCAUGUUUGCAGGCUUCAUCCAGGAGCCAGCUGGCCUACGCCCACACGUGCUACGGCACGGAGAACCAGAGGAACCCUCCCUCUCCCUGCACUCCAGCCCUAGCUCGUUGCACGGCUCUGGGCUGACACCCAGCCCGAGCCCCCUGGAGGAGCCGGAGCUGGGAGACGAGCCCGGAGCGGAGAAUCAAUCGAACGAGGCUCAGAUAGACGACGUUAGAUCUUCUGCGGGAGAAGAUGGAGAUGAUCUCUCCAAUGAGACAUCAGGCAUGAAAUCUGGAUCUGGUGAAACACAGCCGAGAGAUAAACUCACGCACAACAACAACGACACGGCCAAAAUCACAGACGCAUCAGAGAGACCCAGCAGAUUGCUCCUGGCUAAAAGAGGAGCUGAGCUCUUUGGAUUGUUUAAUUUUCCUGGUCGCCGUGAGGGUCAGUUCAAGUACUACACUGUUAAAGUUCCUCUCUGGGUCCAGCCGCUCGGUGAUGGUAUUUGCACUUUAGAGGCAAACUGGCUCGACCACAUGACCCAACAUUUCAACAGCGGUGCUUUACUCGUGGAUGGAUACUUUCAACUGACCAAUGACAAUGCAGACCAACUCAGCAGGAGGACGGUGGACAGCGUGUUUGUGUUUCAGGAGGGCGUGGAAGGCGACAUAAACGCAACCCCCGCGUACGACGCUAUUGUGGUGGAACAGUGGACAGUCAUUGACGGUUUACAGGUGAAGACCGACUAUAUUCCACUGUUGCAGUCACUGGCCUCAUUCGGAUGGAGACUCACUUGCGUGCUGCCUACACCUAUUAUUAGGACAAACAGCGAUGGAAGUUUGGCGACCAAACAGAUUGUUUUCCUCCAAAGGCCAAUGCUGUCCCGCAAGAAGAAAGAAUCUAAGAAAGUCAUCUUUAAAGCCCGAAACAAGUGCAACAAGAACUCCGUCAAAGACGCACCAAAGAACAAGAAGAAGAAAGAGAUCACGGCCAGCGUCGACAAGGAUCUCUGUGAUCAAAAGAUCAUUGACGGAUCUGAGAAGAUCACAGAGGAGAGAAACUCAAGUGUGAAUGAACGACAGAAAGACCAAAAUAAUGAGGUUGAAGUGGCGAGCGGAGAGGAAAAGACGCAGGAAGUGCAUGAGACGGCAACGGGAAGUGAGGUGCAUGGAGUGUGCAAGGAAAAACAGGAAGUAGGAAAUGCCAUUGAGGAAAAUAAGGACGAAGUAGAGGUGGAGAUGAGCCACGACAUCUCACCUGUUGUAGACCAUCCGACAACAGGAGAGACGGGACAGUGGUGCGAUGAGGUGGACAAACAAGAAGACACCGCAACCAAUCAGAAUCACGGCAGCGUGCAAGAAGAUGAAUCGUCACCGCCACAUGAUGACGUUUCAGCCGAUCAGGAUUGAAAAUACUUCUUGAUUUGGAGCUUUAUGAAUGUACAAAAUGCUGUACUGAAAAAAAAUAACAUUUUGGUCUCGUUUCACAGUAAAAUAUCUAAGCAUCCUUAAAGCUAGAUCCGUUUACAAGAUAUACAGCACAAGAUUUACCACCUAGUUGUUUUUCUCACUUUGUAUAAAGCGGCAUCUAAAUUAUAAAUUACAUAAAAAUAUUAACACUUCUACCUAGUUUAGUUCAGACAUCUUUACCUAAAACGAGACUAAUAAAGUGAUUUUUUGCAGUAUAGCUUUACAGUACCAGACAGUAGCUGUCAGACAGACACCUCACCUGACAUUGUGACCUCUUUUAACCAAUGCUGAACAUGUCAGCUCGCCCCUGGAGGGGAGAGAGAUUUCAUCCCUUCUUCAAAUGAACCGAGAGGACUCCUAUAACCAGAAAAGGAGAUGAAAUGGGACGAGAUUGUUAUCAGUAAAUGCACUGGAUAAGAAAAACCACAUUAAUAUUUACACUGUGACCAGCUCAAAGACUUCAUUUCUACUGAAGACAGCAGGCGCAUGUGGUGGUGGAGAUGGUUACUGUUGCGAGAAGCAAUCGAUUGUGAUGUAAGAUGCAUACGUUUGUGUAUAUUUUUGUUUUACGUUUGUAUUUCAUGAUUACUUCACCAUUCAAACAGAAUAGUUUUUAUUGUAAAAGAAAAUAAGACUGGGAUCGUAUCUGGUCAUAUUCUUCAUCACGCCGUUGGGGCAACUUGGUUUUUGUAAAUUUUAAUGCAUAUCCCCCACUGUUUUAACUCGCAUACUAUUCCAAAUCCUUGACACUUUGCUUAGCCACCAGUGUAUGUUUUCAAUUGUUUCAAACGGAGGCGUCGCGAUUUUCAAAAAGCGACAGCAGCUGCCGUUUUUUCCGCGUUGAUCGUCUACGCUUGACUUUUUUUCCGCGUUCAGCGCCCAGAGUUACAAAAAAAUUCAACUUUGGGUGAAACGCUCAGCUUUUCAAUGUCACUUUUCACUCAGUCGUCCAAUCACAGUGGAGGAGGGCCGGGACAAAUAUCACAACAACCAACCGGUGCAAAGCAGAAGUAACAUAGCAACCAAAACGCCCAGCUGAAAAAAACUGGCAAGCGCCUACAGUCGGCGUCCGCCUGGCAUUUCAGCCGUGUUUUUACGCCUUGGUGUGCACGCCCCCUUAAUGUGUGAAAGAAGUGACAAAGUUAAAUAGGGUUAUUAAAGUAGUCCAUACCCAGCAAGCAAUUUUGCUUUCAAAAGAUAACCAUCUAAACACAGCCCAGACUGCUAAAACAAAGUAAAAUUUGAGCUGUCAGUGAAAAUUUAAUAGAUGUCUAACCAUAGCCUAAAAAUAAAUGAAAGCAAACAACUUGUAAUCACUUAUUAAUUUGCUUAAUAUCAGACAUCUCAAGUCAUUUCGGCAAUGUAGCCAAAUUCAAGUUAAUUUUUGCUAGAAGUGGGUUAUCCAUAAUCUGACUUAUAUCGGGUCUAUAUUUAACCUAUAGGCGGUGAAAUUGCUUGCUAGGUAAGCGUCUUCUUGUGAACUACCUAUGUAGACGGCAUUUCCAGGCAUUACAUGCUCCAUAAAUGAACCAGCAUAGGUGAUGUGUUAAUGUUGCCUCCUAAGGUAUCUUGUUUUGACCUUUAAGGGUAGCUGCCCGUGUAGGACGUAGACAACAAAGAUUACUAGAGGUUAGUAAAAGCUUAUAAAGUCGUCUAAAAGUCACAAAAGCUCUUUGUGUAAGAAACAGUCGAAACUUAAAUUGUUAUUUGCCACACCGUAGCCUUCAAAUCUCAUUCAUGCUUGUGUACUUUCAAAUAUGGUGCGUCAAGACACGUCACGCCUGGUUUGAAAACAAUUAUAAGGGUUUUGGAAGCGCUCGGCUUUAGUUUUUUACAUUAUGGCAAUCCGCCGUAGCUUUAAAACAAACCGAGUGGCAGCUCGACACUGGAAUUAAAUAGAAGUCAUGUUUGCAGACGCAAUUCACAAAGGAUAAAAAUCAAGUUACGCCCUACAUUAUUCAUUUUUCCAUCUGUCACACGUGUACAUUCUUUUGUAGAUCAACAAUUGAUUGAAAAUCAUACAUAACGCUUCUUUUCAGUUCUUAUCAUUAAAACCAAAUUGUGUUCUCAAUAGAGGGGAGAAAAAUGGGAGUGUGACUUCAUCAGAGCAAAGCGGCAUGCUGUUAUUAUGACGACCGCAGUCAUUUAUUCAAUUUGCAUAAAGAAUAAACGGAUACGCGGAUAAUCUGGACAGAAGGUUGUGAUACAGUGGGGUUAUUUUAUGAGAAUUUUAUUAUUACCCUGAUGAUCUGGGAUGUUGGCGAUUUUAAAGUGAUGAAGAACAGAUAGUGAGGGUUCAUGCGGUUACUCUCUAGCGUUUAUUAAUGAAACAAAUGUCUUUAAUCCUGAAAUGAGAUCCUAUAAUCCACCUGAAAUCACAAGACCCAAAUGAUUUCAGAUGAAAAGUAUUAUCCUUACUAAAUCACUGUUUAGACGUGAGGAGCUCAGAUGCAAAAUCCACUAAUCGCCACACGCAUCAAAAAUUUGUUAAUUAUAUUGGCACGUAUUAUACAUUCAUCUAAUACUUUCGCUUCAAAUGCGCUUAAACCCGACCUCAGACAAAAAUACAAAAAUUCCAGAAAGUGCAUGGAAGACGAAUUGGCUGAACGAAAUGACCAUGGAUCACAUUAAAACUUGGGUCCAAGUGAGUAGUGCAUUUAUUUCUACUGAGGAAGGUGUAUCCCCAACUACAAUAAUCAUAACUCCCCGAAUCUUUACCGGAUUUUCACACAGUUUGGUUACACAUAAGUGACGUUAGUUACGAUGACAUAAUAUUAUAAAUGGUAAAAUAACCACAUGUAUUGUUUAAUCUUACUUGUGAAAGGUAAUCCCAUACGAUCUGGCAUCAAUACUGCUAUUACGGUUAUUACAAUCGUAAGUUUAAAAAAAAAAUACAGGCAAAGUUGCUUGCUCUCCGCUGACUGUAAUUGACUCUGCUGCUAGCAUAAAGUGAGCAGACCCAACUAAUUUGGCGGCAACGCUGGAUUACAUUCCAGCACGUCAUGAGGCGUCUACGUAUAUAAUUUCUAUAUGUUCCUGGGGUAAAACCUUUCCUUUUGGCAGGGUUCAUCAGCUAAAAUUUGCAUUCCCGGUGCUAAAUAUCACGUUAUUGGAGUCGCUUUAACCCGUGGACAUGAAAAAAGUCCACUGCAACAGUAUUAAAGUAGCCUGACUCUGCUGGAAAAAAAAUCGCAGACUUGGCAACUGUCUUGACCAAAAAAGUGGGGGUUUUGCCAAAAAAAAGCUUGCAUGCACAGACAGGGUUUUGCGGCAAAAUUUAGCAAUAACCGCCUAAUAACCUUUUUAAUUCCCAUUAAAGUGUCAUUUAUUAAAGGGGACAUAUCAUGAAAAUCCAUGUUAAGGUGCUAUAAUUGGGUCCACAGUGCUUCUAUCAACCUAGAAAAUGUGAAAAAGAUCAACCCAAUAACUUAGUUUUGAUAAACCAUUCUUUGGAAGCAUGUGAAAAAAAUAGGUCAUUAAAAUUUGGCUCCCCUUGUGAUGUCAGAAGGGGAUAUUACCGCCCUUAAUCUGCACUAUCCAACCACGGCACUGCCAUUUAGUGCCGAGAUCAGCUCAUUUGCAUGUAAAGGACACAUCCAAAAACGGCACAUUUUUGCUCACACCUAUAAAGUGGCAAAUGUAACAUGCUUUAAUAAAUGAAUGGGGUAUUUUGAGCUAAAACUUCACAUAUGUACUUUGGAAACACCAAAUAUUUCUUUUCCAUCUUAAAAAAAGUCUUGUGAAAUGUCCCCUUUAAUCCAAACAAUAGAGCCUGAUAAACAAUGCUGAUUUACAAGAAAACAUGUCAGAUAUACUUAAAAGCAUUUGCAUCUGAACUCCUCAUAUGUUUUAGAAAAAGUUUUACUAUUUAAUAUUAAAGAAAUACACUGGUAAUACAAAUAGCUGAUAUAACUAUGAAUGUAAUUGCAUCAAACCAAGGCGCAUGCACAAGGAAACACUUUUCAACCAAAAUAUUUAACUGAAAAAUGUUUGGGGGUCAUAUAUGAUGAAACAUCAGAAACAACAGUUUUGAGACCAAAAAAGUAUUUACAUGAAAACAAAGAUGUACAAAUGCAGCAUCAUUUGCAUAUGGUUUGAAAUGUUAUGAUCCACUGAUAUAGCAAAUCCAAUAUUUUUAUAGUUUUUGGCCCACUUUAUAGCUUACCAGAGCUCUACUGUAUGUGUGUUUUCCAGUAAGUCAGCACAGUUGGUGUCUGUCUGUAUUUAUACUCUGGGUUUGCAGUGUCAGGGGUUUUCCAGCAUGUGCUCCUCUGGAAGGGCACACGGGCGGUUCUGCAUUAGCUCUAAUGGCCGGAGGGGUCACAUUUAAAAUCAUAAUGGCUUUUCCGCUCCCCCCUCCUGCUGAGAAAAACGUCUCCAGCGCUUGCUCUCCUCACAGAGGUCGUCACACUCCAACUUCCCAAUAAAAGAUGCUGUUUUCAUUCUGUCAGCAUACGCUUUGAAGAAAAUUCACUUUGCACUUCCCCGCUAUGUUUCCUGGCCUCUUCUGUGACUUGUUCUGUUGUUCUCCGAGCAGUUUCUAACCCGCCAUCAUUAUAAUUGUGUUUUGUCACUGUGCUGUUUGUCAGACGGUAUAUGAGGGGGAGAUUGGGUGUUUAUUGUUUGACGAUGAUGAUUGAACCAGAAUAGAAAAAACGCAUUCUGAUCGUCUUGUUUUCAUUUCUAACGUGUUCAAUCUCUUAGGCAGAAAAUGUUUUUUUCAGCAUUACUUGCUGAUGAUCACUGACAGAUAAUAAUUAUGUUACAGUAUGUGCUAGUAUGAAUACUGCCGUAAUGUCAGCAUCUGAUAAGCAUAGCUCUUUUUCUCUAUUAUUCAUUUAGUUUGGAAAAUAUGGCUGUGUUUGCAAUAGUAUAGUAGUGAACUACAUACAGCACAUUACAUUUUAUGCCACAUAAUAUUUUUUAUAUUUAAAGUGCCAUUUUAUCCCCUAAAACUCAUUUUUGAGCACCAUAAUAGCAAAUGUAAACAUUUAUUUCUGUGAUAAUAAUUUCUUCACGCCUUAAAAUAGCUUGAAUGUAACUCUACACCAUUGCCUCAUCUAGUAUAUGUGGAUCUAUGAAUAUGCAAAUUAGUCCCCGUCUCUACUCAAUCACAUCAGCUUGAACCAUAGAUUUGGAUAUGCAAUGGCAAUUCGGACAUAUUUUACAAGGUGGCUAAUUUGUACGACCACAUUCGUAAAUGUUUGUACAAUUUGGUUUUGCCGCUGUGACGUUGGGGGUAGGGGCGGGGAUUCGUUAUGGUUUUAUUUUACGAAAAUCGUGUGGUCUUCUACGAUUCACUUCGCAGGAAAUUAUACGUUAUCGCCAACUUCUAAAAUGUCUACGAUUUCUUGUGAGAUCAGGCUGGAAUAUUCAAAUUAGUUCCCACCUCUGCUCAGACCAUAGAUAUAUAUGUACAUAGAUGCCACAUUUGGCAGUUCCAAAAACUUAGCUGCCGGUUUCACAAUGCAUACAUGAGCUGCGCGUUUGCAUAAUUCUUUUAUAGUUCUAAAUUUUUGCCCUGUGACAUUGGGGGUAGGGGCAGGGUUCAUUAUGGUUUUAUUUUAUGAUAAUCAUGUGUUUUUCUACCAUUCACUUCGUACGAUUCGCCAACUCGAAAAAUACCUACGAUAUCUUGUGAGAUUAGGCUGAAAAAUGCAAAUUAGUUCCCACCUCUACUCAAUCACACAGCUCAGACUAUAGAUAUAUAUGUACAUAGAUAACACAUUUGGAAGUUUCAAAAAACGUCACACUGGGGUUAGGGGCGGGGUUUCGUUUUGUUUUAUUUUAUGAUAACCGUGUUUUUCUAUGAUUCACUUCGUACGAAUUCGCCAACUCGUAAAAUACCUAUGAUAUCUCGUGAGAUUAAGAUAAAAUAUGCAAAUUAGUUUUCACCUCUACUCAAUCGCACAGCUCAGACCAUAGAUUUAUAUGUACAUAGAUGCCACAUUCGACAGUUCCAAAAACAUAGCUGCCGGUUCACAAUGCAUACAUGAGCUGCGAAUGUGCAGAAUACAUUUUUUAGCUUAAAUUUUCUGCUCCGUGACAAUGGGGUUAGGGGCGGGGUUUGUUAAGGUUUCAUUUUAUGAUAAUCAUGUGUUUUUUUAUGAUUCACUUCGUACAAAUUCGCUAACUCGUAAAAUACCUACGAUAUCUCGUGAGUUCAGGCUUAUAUAUGGAAAUUAGUUCCCGUCUCUACUCAAUCGCACAGCUCAGACCAUAGAUAUAUAUGUACAUAGAUGCCACAUGCGGGAGUUCAAAAAACGUAGUUGCCGGUUUCACAAUGCAUACAUGAGCUGCUAGUUUGCAGCAUUAUUUUUAGCUAAAAAAAAUUCCCCUGUGAUGUUGGGGUUAGGGGUGGGGUUCAUUAUGGUUUUAUUUUAUGAUAAUCGUGUGUUUUUCUAACAUUCACUUCGUACGAUUCGCCAACUUGAAAAAUAAUUACGAUAUCUUGUGAGAUUAGGCUGAAAUAUGCAAAUUAGUUCCCACCUCUACUCAAUCACACAGCUCAGACUAUAGAUAUAUAUGUACAUAGAUGCCACAUUUGGAAGUUCCAAAAACGUAGCUGCCAGUUUCACAAUGCAUACAUAAGCUGCGCAUUUGCAACAUAAUUGUUUAGCUUUAAUUUUUUGCCCCAAGACGUUGGCGUUAGGAGCGGGGUUUCAUUUCGGUUAUAUUUUAUGAUAAUCGUGUGUUUUCUACGAUUCACUUCGUACAAAUUCGCCAACUCAUAAAAUACCUACGAUAUCUCAUGACAUCAGGCUGAAAUAUGAAAAAUUAUUUCCCGUAUAUACUCAAUCGCACAGCUCAGACCAUAGAUAUAUAUGGACAUAGAUGCCACAUUCAGCAGUUCCAAAAACGUAGCUGCCAGUUUCACAAUGUAUACAUGAGCUGUGCAUUUGCAACAAUUUUUUUAGCUCAAAUUUUUUGCCCGUGACGUUGGGGGUAGGGGAGGGGUUUGUUAUGGUUUUAUUUUAUAAUAAUCGUGUUUUUCUACGAUUUACUUCGUACGAAUUUGCCAACUCGUAAAAUAACUAAAAUUUCUCGUGAGAUCAUGUGGAUAUUAGUUCCCGCCUCUACUCAAUCGCAGAGCUCAGACCAUAGAUAUAUAUGUACAUAGAUGCCACAUUCGGCAGUUCCAAAAACGUAGCUGCCGGUUUUACAAUGCAUACAUGAGCUGCGCGUUUGAAGCAUAAUUUUUUUUAUCUCAAUUUUUUUUGCCCCUCUGAUGAUGCACGGUUCAUUAUGGUUUUAUUUUAUGAUAAUUGUGUGUUUUUCUACAAUUCACUUCAUACGAAUUGGUCAACUGUCGACUAUAGAUAUAUAUGUACAUAGAUGCCACAUUCUGCAGUACCAAAAACAUAGCUGCAGCACAAUUUUUUUAGCUCUGAUGUUAACAGGUAAGCAUGUGUGAGCAGCGAGUGCUCGCGUCACAGAAGUAGAGCUAAAGCAGCUGUGCUGCGAGCUGUGUGCGAGUCUAUGCAUCCAUACAUAUCUAUGGCUCAGACUGGCUGAUCCACUCGUUCAACUGUUGAUGUGAUUGGUCGCAUGUUUGUGACGUAAAAAACUGAUGCGAUUUCAAACCGUGCUUUGGAAAACUGCACAUUUAUGAUGAAAAUACUCAGCAAGGGAGAUUGCUGAAAUGAUGAAUUUGAAAACUUGAUUUUCACCACAGGGGGAGUUAAAGCAGUUUAGAAUGAAUGAAUAAGCUACAAAAUGAUGUGCUAAAUUUUAUUACAGGUUGAGUCCUAAGUCACAGUGCCUAUGGUUAAUGUAACAUGAAUAGCCGAUAUGGAAGUUGACCGUAUCCUUCAUACAGUAUACUCAUAUGCCACAUAUAGUAUCCCUGUGUUCCAUGCAUAUUAAAUAUGUAAACUGUGCACAGUAUACACACUACUAAAAGUAUGAAAGUAUGUUAUUCCAAACACAGCCAUUGUCCAGUCCUAAGAUAAUAUAAUCCUCUCCAAGCAUACGCUCAACAGCUAUUCACCUCCCGCUUUGCGACACCGGAUCUCAAAUGACAAUAUGCGAUUGAAUUAGUUGGCAGUGAUGAAUGCUUUGUGUGCAAAAAGUAACAUACCUGAUCUAUACCACCUACAGUGUCUACUUUCUUUCCAAUGCAGAUUCAUACAAUAGGUAUGAGAUCGGUGAGUUCUUGGGCCUGCGUGGUCAGUCGGUGUGUUUGUACGGAUGACAGAUGAGCUAUUAAGGAAAAACAAGAAUGUAAAAGAGGGAGACAGGAUCUACCCUUCCAUCAAUGAAAUGAUGCCAGGCAAUAUUUACUGUCCUCUUCAGAGUGAACGCUGCGGUCGGCCCAAGUCUCCUGUAGUUCUUUUAGCAUAUAUGAAGAAAAAUAACAUCUGCGAGUAUUCUGCACAGGCAGGAGAGAUCAUUCAUUGUAUCUAAUAAUAAUGCACAUGUACAGGCGUGCACCACAGUCUAUUUUAUUUCUGUUCUCAUGCUUUGCAGAAGUCAUUAAAAACUGCAUCUCUCGCCUCAAACGCGUGCUUGUGUAUCUGAAGAAAAAAAAACAUUCACCAUCUCUGCCUCCAGAUUUGCAGGUUGCUUUGAUUGUUGUCAAUACUGAUCAAUGUUUUCAUGAUAAUGUCAUCUGUACAAUUUGUAUAUUAUAAUAAAUAUGAUUUAUAUUUGA